CAAAAAUCCGUUAACAGACCGCCAUUUGUACAUACUUAUAAGGUGUACUUGUGUUCGACCAAAGUACAAACCACAAUCCUUUUUCUGAAAUAUCAUUGCGUGCCAACAAAUUGAACAUGACAAACCAAGUAGUUGACCAAAAGCAAUAUUUUAACAAUCGAAUGACUCAUCGUAUGCCUGAUGGAUACUACAUAGACGACAAUGGCAACAAGCUUUAUCAAUCUAUGUAUAAAGUUAUCAAUGGAAAGAUCUGUCUGAAAAUUAUAAAAGAGGUUCUUGAAGAACGUGGACUUUGGCAGGAAGGGUUACGAGUCAAGGAAGCACAGAAACUACUCGGAUCUCAGCCUGAUUUUUCCUCUACGAGAAGCGCAAUCGAAGACGUACAUAGUUAUCAAGGCUGGCCAUAUCGCAGAACGCUAUCCAAAGUACCACUGUGAAUGCGGUUUUAUCGAAAGAUAUUGGGGUGCCGCCAAACGCGAAGUUCGCAAGCGGUGUGACUAUAGCCUAAAAAGCCUACAAGUAACUGUUCCAAAAGUCUUUGACGAGAUUCCAUUAACGAUGAUACGUAACUUUGAACGAAAAGCAUGUAGAUUUAAAGAUACUUAUGAUCAUAAAUUUCAGGGACGAGAAGCGCUCCAUGUAGUAAAACAUUAC